AUGCCAGAGAACGACAAGAAAUGUCCCAAAUGCCUUGCCGAAGACACAAAUGAGAAGCCACGGUCUGGCAGGGCUCCCAAAUAUGGACGUGGUCUUCCAACAGACUCAGGGCCGUAUGGCUUUCCAAAUCCCCCUCCUGAUCGUGGAGGAUCAUUGAGUCCACCUUCUUCAGUUUACUCAGCCACCACCACCAAUGGGAAAAAUGUAUCAACACCAUGGACCACCACCAACACAAUCAAUGCAACCUGGGUCAAUGAAUCAUCCGGCAAUGGAAUUCCCAAUUUCUCCAAUGAGCCAAGGUUCAGUAUUUGGACAAGCUAA